AUGUGCUUCACGUUCUCUUGCAUCGACCUCCUUGCUGUCGGGUUGUGAGAAGACUCUCUGAACGGGCUCUUUCCCCCUCGCUCGCCUGCCAGACAAGAACUCCAGACGGCAUAGAAAAUGCGUGAGUGCAUCUCCAUCCAUGUCGGCCAGGCUGGUGUCCAGAUUGGCAAUGCCUGCUGGGAGCUCUACUGCCUGGAGCACGGGAUCCAGCGUGCCUUCGUGCACUGGUACGUGGGUGAGGGCAUGGAGGAGGGCGAGUUCUCUGAGGCCAGAGAGGACAUGGCAGCCCUGGAGAAGGAUUAUGAAGAGGUGGGCGUUGACUCCAUUGAGGGAGAGGGGGAGGAGGAAGGAGAGGAGGUGCCCUACCCUCGUAUCCACUUCCCACUGGCCACCUAUGCCCCUGUUAUCUCUGCAGAGAAAGCCUACCAUGAGCAGCUUUCUGUGGCUGAGAUCACCAAUGCCUGCUUUGAGCCGGCCAACCAGAUGGUGAAAUGUGACCCCCGUCACGGCAAGUACAUGGCCUGCUGCCUGCUGUACCGUGGUGAUGUGGUGCCCAAAGAUGUCAACGCAGCCAUCGCCACCAUCAAGACCAAGCGCUCCAUCCAAUUUGUGGACUGGUGCCCCACUGGUUUCAAGGUUGGUAUCAACUACCAGCCUCCCACUGUGGUGCCUGGUGGAGACCUGGCCAAGGUGCAGAGGGCAGUGUGCAUGCUGAGCAACACCACUGCCAUCGCCGAGGCCUGGGCCCGCCUGGACCACAAGUUUGACCUGAUGUACGCCAAGCGCGCCUUCGUGCACUGGUACGUUGGGGAGGGCAUGGAGGAGGGUGAGUUCUCUGAGGCCAGAGAGGACAUGGCAGCCCUGGAGAAGGAUUAUGAAGAGGUGGGCGUUGACUCCAUUGAGGGAGAGGGGGAGGAGGAAGGAGAGGAGUACUGAAAAUACUAAUGGAAUAUUAAUGACAAGAAAGUAAUGGAGUACUUUCAUGUCAGCCUCUUUUUGUCAGGCUUUUUCUUUUGGUUAAUGUGGAAUUAUAGUUUUAUUUAUGUAUCGGGCAAAUAAGUGUUUGCUAGCUAAUUCGGAUGAGGGAAUGAUGUCAGUCUGAAAUUGCAAAGUCUGUGACUUUUAUAUAUGUAUAAGUAUAAUGUGUGGUCUUUGCUCAUCACAUGCAAUAAAGCUGACUUGAAAAAA